GGAGCGCGCAGAGGAAGGGAGGGCAAUCUUGUCCCGACGCUAAUAAGACCCAAUGGCUGGUGCAAGGUGGCCAGGAGCUUUGAAACGCGACAGAAGACGGUGGACGGAGGAGAAAAGAAGAAAAAAAAUCUCUAGAGAGACAUUUCUGGAUGGACAAAGAGGAUGAGAGAGCCACGGAAGCGUCCAUAGGAAUUGCAGGGAACCGUGGGGCUUUUGGUGUGCGUCAGUUUGUGUCUCGUCAAAGGAACUGCGUGAGAGAGAAGCGCUCUUACACCACAUGAUUUGGAAUGGACCACGAUUUGACCCGCAUUCACAUGCUAUCACACACCUGGAACUGAGGUAUCACUAUAGGCACUGUGAGCCACUGACUGUUGGGAGCCCCAACCCUCCUCAAUGAAGCAGUCCUGGUGGGCCCGCCUGGCACAGCUCGGCCUGCUUGCUGUGUGGACCUGCAUUUGGUUAGUCCAGGGAUGUGGACCGGGCCCUGGGGUUGGCAUCCGCUCCAGACCCAGGAAACUCACAGCCAUGCACUACAAGCAGUUUUUUCCCAACUUCUCAGAAAACAACCUCGGUGCCAGCGGGAGAGCCGAGGGCAAGAUCACACGCAACUCUGAGCAGUUCAAUGAACUUGUGUGCAACUACAACUCAGACAUUAUCUUCAAGGAUGAGGAGAACACUAACGCAGACCGCUUCAUGACCAAGCGCUGUAAGGACUGUUUGAACAGGUUGGCUAUCGCAGUGAUGAACCAGUGGCCAGGGGUACACUUACGUGUGACAGAGGCCUGGGAUGAGGAUGGCCACCACCCUCCCGGCUCUCUGCACUAUGAAGGCCGAGCCGUGGAUAUAACCACUGACGAUAGAGAAACAGAGAAGUAUGGUCUUCUAGCCCAGCUGGCUGUGGAGGCUGGCUUUGACUGGGUCCACUAUGAGUCCAAAUAUCACAUCCACUGCUCAGUAAAAGCUGAUCACUCCGUUGCAGUGGAAAAAGGUGGCUGUUUCCCGGGCUGGGCCCGGGUGACUCUUGCUGGAGGGAUGCAGAAGAGCCUGUCGUCUCUUGUUCCCGGGGACAGAGUCGUGGCCCUGUCUGGGACAGGCCAAGUCGUGUUGAGCCAAGUCCUCUUGUUUCUGCACCAGGACCAAGAAAGCUGGUCUGCCUUUCUGUCUCUGGAGACAGAAGAUGGCCAGAGAUUGGCUCUUACCCCACAUCACUUGGUCUUUUUAGCCCCACAUUGCAGACGCGACAGCAGUGAGUAUCAGGCUCAGUUUGCUAGCAGAGCCAAAACAGGUGACUGUGUUCUUAUCCUUACAGCAGAGGGUCAAGUACGUCCAUCGCGAAUCAUCUCAGUUUCAGUAGAGCAGAGUGUGGGAGUGUAUGCGCCCUUGACAGAAGCUGGAACUGUGUUUGUUGAUGGAGUGCUGGCAUCCAGCUAUGCUCUGGUGGAGGACCACAGACUUGCACACUGGGCAUUUGGACCUGUGCGACUCCUCUCUUCAUUCAAACAGCUACUUUGGGGGGACUGUGAGACAACCAAAGAACAGCAGACCACAGACAGUGAAACAGCUUGCACUAAGAGUCCAUUUCACUGUAGCACUUUGGCCGCAAAGGACAAAGCAGGUUUAUAUGUGAAUAAUGGCACUCUGAACAAACAAGACAAUCUAAGUGAACCUCUCAGGAUGGAAAUGGAACAGAAGCAGACAUCAGAUGUGCACUGGUAUGCUCAAUUACUGUACAGUUUUGGAUGUAUCUUUUUAGACUGCAACUCAUUUCAUCCUUGAAAGCCUAAAACUUUAAAGUCUGGUUUUUUUCGCCUUGUUCAAUGUUACAAUGUUGAUACAUUUACACCAACACUUCCUGUUCUUCUUAAAAAAAAAUGUAAUUACUGGAAUAGCUUGCCUUCUUUUUUGUUUCUAUUAUAAUCUAUCAUAAUGAUAUACAGUACAUGCUAAUACUUAUCUGAAAUUUUGAAAGAUAUUGAGUUUGAUGAGACAAAUUGUCUGAGCAGGUUAAUGUAAAAAUGUUAUUUCUUUUAAUUGUUUUAGUUAUGUGUGUAAAAAAUACAUUAUUCUAAUGUGAUAGGAAUGAAUUUUCCCCAAAACAAUAGAAUCUUUAUUUUUGUACUUUCUGAAUCAUAAUAUAUAAAUGUUUCCUUUUUAUUACAAUUCCACUACAUGUUUUGUUUGACCUCACAUGUUGUCUUAAAACUUAUUAAAGUGUCAUUCUAGUAAGCAACACUCUGCUUUUUCUUCA